AUGAUCUUGAAAAUCUUCUCAUUGAACCAUUAUCCAGCGCAUGAAAACACGAAAACACGAAAUGAACUGAUUUCCUUGAUAACUGAACCAUUCGCAUCACAAUCGACGGAAGAAUGUUCUUCAAGUUUAACUGUCAAUCAUGAGCAGUCGUCACCAUCAAAUGAACAAGGAGAUACACAAGAGACAGAGAAUGGUCAAAUUUGUCGAAUAUGCUAUUCAACAAGUAAUCUUCAAUCUUUAAUUGCGCCUUGCCAAUGUACGGGAACAAUGGGUAUCCUUCAUCAAAAUUGCCUUGAACGAUGGCUUGAAAUAUCUAAUACAACUAAAUGCGAAAUAUGCCAACAUGAAUAUGAUGUAGUACGACAUCCGAAACCGCUAUUUUAUUUUUUCACCAAUCCUAUUCGUUCAUCAGAUGUUCGUUAUUCGAUCAACGAUCUAAUCAUAUUCUGUAUAUUAACCAUCAUUAUCAGCUGGCUAUCAGUUCUGACUGUGUCAAAGAUCCAAAGAGCGAAUACAUUUUACGAUAAAAUAUCUUAUAUUCCACUCCUGCUAUCGAUAAUUUCUAUUUAUAUUGUAUGGUGCUGGGUUAGCUAUCGUUAUCAUCUUCAAGUGAUCAAAGAAUGGCGUUCAUUAAAUCAACAGAUCCGCCUUGUUAAUAAGAAAAAAUACAAAGUAGAUUUACAUUCACCGCAUGGCGACCAACAACAAUGUUCUCUUCUGCCAACAAUUCAGCUUGAGAUCGAAGACAAUCUCCUUGCGGAAGUAUGCGUUCUGAAAUGA